AUGCGCGGACGGUGGGUUCUCGCGCCUAGGAGGCGGCGCAGCGCAUACCACGAAGACGUCAACGCGCAGGGCGGCAUAGUGGACCGCGUGCCGCGGCGCUACGGCUCGAAGGAGCGACGCAGCCGGCGACGCGCAUGUCGGGGCGACGGCGGGGAAGACCUCGAGGCGGCGGCGUGGACAGCGCGCCGCGGCGCUACGGCCCGUAGGGGCGACGCAGCGGCAACACGCAUGUCGGGGCAGCCGUGGGAACGGCCUCGGGCGGCGGCGUGGACAGCGCGCCGCGGCGCGACGGCCCGUAGGGGCGACGCAGCGGUGAUGACCCACAAGGACGCGGUCCGUCUGGCCGGCGGGAACGCCUACGCGGUGCGCACCGGGCGGAGGGACAGGCGGCAGUCCAAGGCCGUCGACGUGAACCUGCCGGGGCCGGAGAGCACGGUGGCGCAGGCCACCGCCUUCUUCAGCAAGCUCGGGCUCGGCCAGAUGGACAUGGUCCUGCUGCUGGGCGCGCACACGGUGGGCGUCACGCACUGCAGCGCCAUCAAGAGCAGCCGCCUCUACAGCUACGGCGGCAAGGCCGGCGCCACGGACCCGAGCCUGGACCCCUACUACGCGUUCGUGUACAAGAACUACGUGUGCCCCAACAAGCCGUCAACCGACAACACCGUCGUGUUCCUGGACGACCAGUGGAGCGCGCUCAAGGUGGACAAGAGCUUCUACAAGAUGCUGCAGAAACGCCGCGGCGUGCUCUCCGUCGACCAGAACCUCUACGGCAAUGGCGCCCCCACCAGGUGGAUGGUCGACAUGCUCGCCAACACCGACAACUUCAGCUGGCUCUUCCCCCAGGCGCUCGUCAAGCUAAGCGAGGUCAAUGUCCUAACCGGAACGCAGGGAGAGAUCCGCAGGGUCUGCAACAAGUUCAACUGA